AUGCGCAUUAUGCGCUUUUUAGUGGUGGCCACUCUGCUUAUUGUCGUCGUGUACAGGCUAUCCACUGAAAGGGUAAAUAUCACUGAUUAUGUGACAAAAUCGACUUCCUCUACCCAAGUAAAGGGGACUUCAGGCGCUUUGGCUUCUGCCGCUGCCAAAAAACUGGAUGCUAAUAAAGACCAGGUCGUCAUGAAGUCUGAAAAUGACAAAGCCCUUUCUGCGCCCUAUGAGAAGGCAUCGGCCACUUUUGUGUCAUUAGCUCGUAAUUCUGAUCUCUGGGACCUUAUCGAUUCGAUCCGCAUGGUUGAAGACAGAUUCAAUCACCGAUACCAUUACGACUGGGUCUUCUUGAACGAUGAUGAAUUCACCGAGGAGUUUAAGGACACUAUCUCGAGAUAUGUUUCUGGAAAGGCCACGUUUGGUCUAAUUCCCAAGGAACACUGGGGCUUUCCUGAGUGGAUUGAUAAGGAGAAAGCUGCUCUUGUUCGUGAACAGAUGCGUAACGACAAGGUUAUUUAUGGUGACUCUAUUCCAUACAGACACAUGUGCAGAUAUGAAUCAGGAUUUUUCUGGAGACACCCUGCUCUUGAUCCUUACAAGUUCUACUGGAGAGUUGAACCCCAUAUCAAAUUGUUCUGUGACAUUGAUUAUGACGUUUUUAAGUUCAUGGAGGAGAAGAAGCUCAAGUACGGCUUCACUAUCUCUCUAUAUGAAUAUGAGACCACCAUUAAGACUCUGUGGAAAACUACAAAGGAGUUUAUUGAUGCUAAUCCUCAAUAUGUUUCGCCUAACUCGCUCAUGGACUUCAUUUCUGAUGACAAGGGUGAGACUUAUAACAGAUGUCAUUUCUGGUCCAAUUUUGAAGUAGCUAGUCUUGACUUCUGGCGUGGUGAAGCAUACCAGAAGUACUUUGAGCACCUUGACAAGGCUGGUGGUUUCUUUUAUGAACGAUGGGGUGAUGCUCCUGUCCACUCCCUCGCUGCCUCACUCUUCCUUGACAAAGAUGAGGUUCAUUACUUCCAAGACAUUGGCUAUUGGCACAAUCCUUUCAGCAAUUGUCCUACUGAAAAGGAAGAACGUCUUAGACUAAAAUGUACUUGUAAUCCUGCGCGGGACCAUGAUAACAACUUUACCUGGAAGGAUUAUAGUUGCACGCCUAAGUUUUUCAACGCCAAGGGUCUCCAGCGUCCUAAGGGCUGGGAAGAUCAAACUUAG